GAGAAAUGAAUGCCCUUCCCUUCUCUCUGGUCUUCCCUAGACCUGAAGCCGCUAUAACCUCCAGUGGUGAUGAAGACCUGUUUCUCACCGGGCAGUUCCAGAAAACCCUUGAGGAACUGGAUGAGGAGCUGGAAGAACUGGAAGAGAGCCCUGAAGCCUGCAGCAGCCUGCCAACCGGCUCUGUGAAUGGCGUGUCCCCUCACUGCACGCCAGGAGCCACCAUCCCCGAGUGUGAUGAGGACACAAUCCCAGUCACCUUCAUCGGGGAGGUUUCAGAUGACCCUGUGGAUUCGGGGUUGUCUUCCAAUCGAAACAACAAUGCUGGUCUAGGGGGCAUCGUGGGCAGGGAAGCCCCCCCAACGCCACGUCAGGAGGAGAACAGCCAGCAGCGUGGAAGGAGGGCAGAAGUGCCCAACGCACCCGCUCCUCCCCACGACAUCGGGGAAGAACGCAAACCCGCCUCGUCCAACCCCUGUGAGGCUGUGAAUCUGAAUAAGAUGGAGCCCAAGGUGCCUUCGGCAGCGUUUCCCCCGCACGGCCCAGAUGCAGAGCUGAGUGGCGAGGAGCCUGCCUCUGCUCUCGGUGGGAAGACGCAGGCCAGCAAGACAGCGAGGUCACAGCCAGUGAGGGACAAGGAAGGUGAGGGUGUGAAUAGUGGCUCAGCACCACCAUCCUGGUAUCAACGGGGCCAAAGCCCAGGGGGAAGUUAUGGACUUAAAUAUGGCCUCACGACGUAUAAAAUUGUCCCUCCGAAGUCAGAGAUGAGGUGUUACGACAGAGGAGUGUCGCUCUCAACAGGUGCCAUUCAGAUUGAUGAGCUAGGGAAUCUGGUGAGUCCCCACGCCGACAGGGGCAAGACCAUAGCCCUGUCGCCGUCCGCCCUCGACGUGGAAACCCAGCCCAUUGGAAAAGGCAAAGAAUUCUGGAGGUCCAACUCCCUAGAGAAACACUUUGGCCAGCCCACAGAGGGCUUCACCAAGAGGACCCCCACUCCCGCCACACCAGGGAAGCCACAGUCUCAAGAAAACAGACUCCGAGCAGAGCCCACCUUCCCAGACCCCAAAGUGACGUCACCCCCACAGCAGUCUGCCCGCCAAGAAGGGGGGGGACAUCUGGAGGAGGGCAGAAGCCGGCCACCCACGGCUGCCCCUUGUCACAUCAAAAUGCCAGCAGGGAACGCCACGGAAGUCCCAUUUCUCAAGCCUCAGAGAAGAACGUCCAGUCAGUACGUGGCCUCUGCCAUUGCCAAGCGGAUAGGGCCCCAGAAAGCCCACACCGGCCUGGUGAGGAAGCACAGCCAUGCCGAGGAGACCCGGGAAGGCGGAGCGCCAGAGCUGGCUGGACAGCAUCCCGCUAGGACAGACAGCACAGCCCCCAGCCCGUACUCAGACACACGCUCCCGUACCUAUGGGGGAGCCUCGGCGGUGGGAGCCCAGCCCAGAGCUCAGGUCAGCAGCCCUCCUGGAAAGCUGUCUGCUCCAGACUGUCCUGCUGGCGUCCACAGAAGUCCCUAUGUCCCGCCCGUCACAGCUUCCCAGGGGGAUCACGUUUCUGUGAUGCAGAGCUGGAGCCUCAGUGGAAGGCAAAGGACCAGCAACCCCAGGACCAGCUCAGCAUCUGCCCCCACAUGCACGCUGGAUGGUACAAACCCCCCGCCUGCCCGCUCGGGAGACGAUCAGACUCCUGGCAGGACCCUGGUGGACGGCUCCAGGUGGGGCCCCAUCCACGCCGAGCCUCCUCAGUCUCCGAGAGGGUCCGGCAUGAAUAACCAUGCCGGACAGGAGCCCCUACAACAGGAGGAAAAGCCCAGUUUGUCGUGCGCAGAGGUACACGAGACCGACGGUACGCCGUCCCCCAGCAUCUUUGGGCCAAAGAAGAAAUUCCGACCCGUGGUCCAGAGGCCAGCACCAAAAGACACGUCGCUGCACAGUGCUCUCAUGGAAGCCAUCCACUCGGCGGGAGGGAAGGACGGGCUUCGCAAGAUUGCAGCAGACACCUCCGAGGGAGGGCCCAGGAAGCCGUCCUACACGGAGACCGCGGGCGAGCGCUCCGCACUGCUGUCCGCCAUCCGAGGCCACAGCGGUGCCUGCAGCCUGCGGAAGGUGUCAUCCUUCGCCUCCGAGGAGCUGCGGAGCUUCCGGGACACCGAGCAGUCAUCAGAGCCGCCAGGACUCCGUGACCUUGGCCUUCAGCCCCUGCCCGCCCCGCCCCCACCGCCUCCAGCCACCCAGGCUCCCUCCACAUCCAGGAUGGCGGCCAGGUCCAGCUCAGGCAACCCCGCCCAAGCCAGGCAGGCCCUGAUGGACGCCAUCCGUUCCGGCACGGGGGCCGCGAGAUUGAGAAAGGUGACAGUGCGUGACCAUGACCGGGUGCAGACAGGGCUCAGUUAG